GGCGCUCGCUUUCUGUCAGUCGCUGUCCCUGUCCCCCUCGCCCGCGACCGGCUUCCUCUCGCACCCGAGCGCACGCACUUGCCCGGCCCGCGUCCUCUUCCUCCUCCACUCCUCCCGCCCGCCCGCCCGCCUUUCCCUUCGGGCCCCGAGGCUCUGCCGGGUCGCGGGCGCCUCGCGGCUGCGUCACCGCCGCCCCCCAGACAAGAUGGACACCGCCGAGGAAGAUAUAUGUAGAGUGUGUCGGUCAGAAGGAACACCUGAGAAACCUCUUUAUCAUCCUUGUGUAUGUACUGGCAGUAUUAAAUUUAUUCAUCAAGAAUGCUUAGUUCAGUGGUUGAAACAUAGUCGGAAAGAAUACUGUGAAUUAUGCAAGCACAGAUUUGCUUUCACACCAAUUUAUUCUCCAGAUAUGCCUUCACGGCUACCAAUCCAAGACAUAUUUGCUGGACUGGUUACAAGUAUUGGCACUGCAAUACGAUACUGGUUUCAUUACACACUUGUGGCCUUUGCAUGGCUGGGAGUUGUUCCUCUUACAGCAUGCCGCAUCUACAAGUGCUUGUUUACUGGCUCCGUGAGCUCACUACUGACACUGCCACUAGACAUGCUGUCAACGGAAAAUUUGUUGGCGGAUUGCUUGCAGGGCUGUUUUGUGGUGACGUGCACACUUUGUGCGUUCAUCAGCCUGGUGUGGUUACGAGAGCAGAUAGUCCACGGGGGAGCCCCAAUUUGGCUGGAGCAUGCUGCUCCACCCUUCAAUGCUGCUGGACACCACCAAAAUGAGGCUCCUGUAGGAGGAAAUGGUGCAGAAAACCCUGCUGCUGAUCAGCCAGCUAACCCAGCAGGUGAGAAUGCAGUUCUGGGUGAAAACCCUGAUGCCCAGGACGGUCAAGCAGAAGAGGAAGAGGAGGACAAUGAGGAGGAAGAUGAUGCGGGUGUAGAAGAUGCUGCUGAUGCCAACAAUGGAGCCCAAGACGACAUGAACUGGAAUGCUUUAGAGUGGGACCGGGCUGCAGAAGAGCUUACUUGGGAAAGAAUGCUUGGACUUGAUGGAUCACUAGUUUUCCUGGAACACGUGUUCUGGGUGGUGUCUUUAAAUACAUUGUUCAUUCUUGUUUUUGCAUUUUGUCCUUACCACAUCGGCCAUUUCUCCCUUGUUGGCUUGGGGUUUGAGGAGCAUGUCCAAGCAUCUCAUUUUGAAGGUCUAAUCACAACGAUUGUUGGAUAUAUACUUUUAGCAAUAACACUGAUAAUUUGUCAUGCAUUGGCAACUCUUGUUAAAUUUCAUAGGUCUCGUCGCUUGCUGGGCGUCUGCUAUAUUGUGGUUAAGGUCUCUUUGUUAGUUGUGGUAGAAAUCGGAGUGUUCCCUCUCAUUUGUGGCUGGUGGCUGGAUAUCUGUUCUCUGGAAAUGUUUGAUGCUACUCUGAAAGAUCGAGAGCUGAGCUUUCAGUCAGCUCCAGGGACCACGAUGUUUCUGCACUGGUUGGUGGGAAUGGUGUAUGUGUUCUACUUUGCCUCCUUCAUCCUGUUACUGAGAGAGGUACUUCGACCUGGUGUCUUAUGGUUUCUGAGGAAUUUGAACGAUCCAGAUUUUAAUCCAGUACAGGAAAUGAUUCACUUGCCCAUUUAUAGACAUCUCCGAAGAUUUAUUUUGUCAGUGAUUGUCUUUGGCUCCAUUGUCCUUCUGAUGCUCUGGCUUCCUAUACGUAUAAUUAAGAGUCUCUUGCCUAAUUUUCUUCCUUACAAUGUCAUGCUCUACAGUGAUGCUCCGGUGAGUGAGCUGUCCCUUGAGCUGCUCCUACUGCAGGUUGUCUUGCCAGCAUUGCUGGAACAGGGACACACGAGGCAGUGGCUGAAGGGGCUUGUGCGUGCAUGGACUGUUACUGCUGGAUACUUGCUGGACCUUCAUUCCUACUUACUGGGAGAUCAGGAAGAAAACGAGAACAGUGCAAAUCAGCAGGUCAACAAUAACCAGCCUGCACGAAACAAUAAUGCUGUUCCUGCCGGGGAAGGUCUGCAUGCAGCCCACCAAGCCAUACUCCAGCAGGGAGGACCUGUUGGCUUUCAGCCUUACCGCCGGCCUUUAAAUUUCCCACUCAGGAUAUUUCUGCUGAUUGUCUUCAUGUGCAUAACAUUGCUAAUUGCCAGCCUCAUUUGCCUUACUUUACCAGCCUUUCUAUUUUCAGUAUUUGCUGGCCGUUGGUUAAUGUCAUUUUGGACGGGGACUGCCAAAAUCCAUGAGCUGUACACAGCUGCUUGUGGUCUCUAUGUGUGUUGGCUAACCAUAAGGGCUGUGACGGUGCUGGUGGCCUGGAUGCCCCAGGGACGAAGAGUGAUUUUCCAGAAGGUUAAAGAGUGGUCCCUCAUGAUAAUGAAGACGUUGAUAGUUGCUGUGCUGCUGGCUGGGGUCGUCCCACUGCUCCUCGGGCUCCUGUUUGAGCUGGUUAUUGUUGCUCCUCUGAGGGUCCCUCUUGAUCAGACUCCCCUUUUCUACCCUUGGCAGGACUGGGCGCUGGGAGUGCUGCAUGCCAAAAUUAUCGCAGCUAUAACUCUUAUGGGUCCUCAGUGGUGGUUGAAAACUGUCAUUGAACAGGUUUACGCAAAUGGCAUUCGUAACAUCGACCUUCACUAUAUCAUCCGUAAGCUGGCAGCCCCGGUGAUCUCUGUGCUCUUACUUUCCCUGUGUGUACCGUAUGUCAUAGCUUCUGGCGCGGUUCCUCUACUAGGUGUUACUGCAGAGAUGCAGAACUUAGUUCACCGGCGGAUUUACCCAUUUUUAUUGAUGGUCGUUGUGCUGAUGGGAAUCCUGUCCUUCCAGGUCCGCCAGUUUAAGCGCCUUUAUGAACACAUUAAAAAUGACAAGUACCUUGUGGGGCAGCGCCUGGUGAACUAUGAGCGCAAAUCCGGCAAGCAAGGCCCGUCUACACCGCCUCCGGUGUCGUCCCAAGAAUAAAGUGCUUGUCUCAGCUCCUUGAGCUUCUCCUUGCCUUUUCGUGUCCUUUGUUGUGGACUUCUCACUUGGAGAUUCUCCUGUGAUCUCAGCGUUGUUUAAGUUAAAUGUACUUGACUUGUCUCCUCAGCAUUCAGAGAGCAGCGCAUCCGGCACUACUGCUCCUCCCUGCAUCUGCCGACAUCACUGCUGUCUUGAGAUCUGUACAUGUGUAAAUAGGAGUUCCUUGAUGCCCUAAAACCUUGGAUUAAACAGAAUGUGCAUUGUACAUCUUUAACAAAUGUAUAUUAAUUUAUUAAAUCUAGUUGUCACUUUAUUUUGGACCUGCUGUGAUCUCGACAGGAAAUGUGCCACAGAGCAGUAGUGUAUAGGCGAGACUUUGAGUGACAUCUUUUGGAGCACAGUGCAUGGUGUUGCCAGCAGUUCUCACCAGGUAACUGCAUCCUGUCCUUGGCUGGUCAGUCCUUCCUUACCAGGAGCCGAAUGGGCAGUGGAGCCUGUGGUAGGGGACUGGACGGAGUGCCUCACAGACAGUCGUAUUUGGAAAUUAUUACAUGUAACACCAAAGCUGUUGUACAUUUUCUACUGCCUGAUUGUUUUCAUGUGUCUGUGUUUGUAAUAUUGUAUAGUAUAUUGUGCUAGAUGAGGAAAUUAUUUUUAAUUUUGAUAAUUUAAUAUUCCUAGUGAUCAGCAUUGGGAGUUGGGGUUUUUGUGCUUGUUAGGGGCAUGUCUAUACUUAGAAAGAUAAACUACAAAUGAAGAUUUUUUUAUUGACCUCCUCCCCUUCCAUACAGCUCUUUCUUUUUGUCAACAGUGGCCAAAAGUGUCAUGCCGGAUGAGAAAUCUAAGGGGAUGUCAUCACCAACAGGACCAGUAGUGACAGGUCAAGGCCCUAGGCCGUGGAAUGAGGCCGACUGCAUCAGGGACGAUGAGUAGAACAUCCUGCCGUGCUGGCAGCACAUUGCAGCUGAGGCUCAGUUAAUAUACCAGGAAACCCCUGUUCCUAAGGCAUGGUGUUUACAGUAAACCGCAAAUAAAACCAAGUUUUAUUUGUUUGAAAGGAAGCAGACUGAGUUGGCCUUCGCCAUAGGAAAGAGUUGCAUUGGAGAAAUGCUGUGAGAUUUUAGAGAAUUUAAUACUCAGAGGAAGCCUGGUUCCCCUAGCCCAAGCUUCAUGUUUAAAGUUUAAAAGAUUAGGAUGGUUGUACGUCAUUCAAGUGUUUAAUGGUAAAGGUGUAUUAUAAGGAUAGUGCUAGAAGCUUUCAUAGACUGUAAAGAGUUCCAUGGAGUAUUAAACCCAUAGUUGGAAAGGUCUGAGGGCCCACCCCCACCUCUAAAUACAAAGCCAAACAAAAGAUUAAGAGCAAUGCUUUCUGGUUUUGUUCCUUUCUUGAUUUUGUCUUUUUGUCGUUCUUAAAUUCACUAAGUAAUAAGCAAAUACUUUGUUUUAAAGCAGCAUUAUAUUUAAAAAACAAAAACAGUCUUGCCAUGGAUCCAGUGUUAACACUGUCAUUUUGUAACAGCCUUUCUCUCCUGUAGCAAGCCUACCUUCACUCUCAGACUUUGUCCUUCCAUAAAGAAUUAGCAUUUUAAAAUGCAGUGCCACCUGUCAAUGGGAAUAUGUCUAUAAAGCCUAAUCUUUUGAUGCUGGUAUAUUGGACAUAUAACAUUCAGGUUUCAUUUUUAAUUUUUAAACAAUUUAUGGAUCUACCACAAAAAGCUAAGCAUUCUCAGUCAUCUGGAAUUGUAAGUGAGCUUACUGGAUGCUUUUCUGAGAACAACCACAAACAGCGCCGAUUGCCAAGGUGGGCCCCAUCUCACUGGCAGGGCCUGCUCUCCUGUGUGCUUUGUCCAGUGGCUUUCAGGAAGAUGAUGUCCUCGUGGGGAUUUAUUGUGCAUAACAUUUGCUAGGGUGACAUACAGGUUUUAUUCAACAAUAUCAUAAACAUUUAAAACCCUCAAUUCAGAAGGUGUUCCUAUUUGCUGCCGGUCUUUACAGGAAAUUUAUAGAGAUGUGCAUCAUUUUGAAUUAGGCUAACACCCAGUCUUCAAGGGAGUUUACUAGGAAAGACCUUUGUGCUUUAUUAUUGAUAAUUUGAAGACAAAUCACCACUUGGGAUUAGUUUUACAUGACCAGUUAUCAGAUGGUCACUUCGAAAUGUAUAGUUGUUCAUUAUUAACAAAUUAUGGUUUGAUUUUUAAACUACAAAGUACUAAUAGUUUAGAUGAAAACUGAAGAAAAUGCCAAUGUAAAAUUUGUGUGUAGCUAGCCUUAAUGUUCCAUGUUUAUAGUUGUGGUUCCAGCCCCCACUCCCGUUCUCCGGGGGUAGGGUAGGGAGAUAAGACAUGUAUUGAACAGUAAUUUUUGUUUUAACAGUCAGUAUAGCUGUUAUUACUGUGAAUUCUCAAGAUGGUCCCUCCCCUCAAGGGACAAUCCUCCUAUGAGUUUAUCAGACAUGUCGCUUCUGUGUCGCACAAAUGCUUUAUUAAAGUAUAUUCCUAAAUUCAGGUUGAGUUGAUGAAUUUUUAAGACAAACACAAAAUACGCAUUGGACAUUUGUACCCUGUUGUGUUUGCAGACACAGGAGCCAGUGCCAUUAUGCAAGAACUUGGCACUUGGCACGGUGCUCCAAAUUAGUUCCUUCCUCUCCUCUCUGGGGUGGAGAAUAUCAGGCUAGUUACUGUGAUGCCUCAUUUUACAUUGUGAUGCUCAAAGUUCUUGUUUAAAACAAUCCUCUAGGAUCGUAACUGUUCAGUCAUUAUCAAGGGGAGAGAUGACAUAGUACCACUGAAGUGUUACUAGAGACCUCAUCUGUGAAGGGUCUUUAAAUUCUUUGCUUAAAUUGCCCUGUAGCGGGGCACUUAAUUUGCCCUGUCAAUCAGAUGUUUUGUUUCAGCUUAUUGCUGUUGUUGUCAAAGAUUUAAAACAGCUGUCGUGAGUAAGGGCUUCUUCAGAUACUCUCCAAUAAUAGCUUUGGCAUUAAUAUAAAAAUAAGACAGUAUACAUGUGUAUGUAUGUCUCCAUUCCUGUCUAUCUGUCUGAGUGCCUCAUUUUGUAAUCAUGACAAUCCUAUAGAACCUUAGAUGGAAAUGAGUGACUAAGGCCUAGGGGUGUCUGUUUAGGAGUGAAUUAGAACACUUAGUGAUGUGGGAGGUCGGUUUUCUAUUACAGUAAACACCUGUACCCAGAUCAAUUUUAUGUGUAUAUAUUCAAAAAUGCUCCCUUUUUUAUGUGGUCAUUUGUUGCCUUCCGAGUUAAGAGAACAGAAUUGAAUAAAGUGAAUGUUAGUUGUA